GCGAAUUGCUCCUCGGUGUUAACAACUAUACCAACUAUACUGAACUAUAAUUCAUGGAUGUAAUCCUAAUUACAUCAAGUGUAACUGACUGUGACAUUGUGUGAUCAUUGUCACUUUCACUUUGUUUAUAACCUUAUCUACUGUUAAAUUAUUAGGAAUGAUACACUAUAUGUAACAUUAAAUUCAUAUAUUUGUUGUGUGUAAAAGUCAAAAUAAGUAGUGUAUUCGCAACGAUAUGUCGUUAACUAAUGAAAAACAAAUAGAAUUACUCUUAGCUGGAAACCCUCUAGAAAUUGAUGACACGUACGAAGUAAGCCACGCCGUAGCGAAUGAUAUAUUAGAUUUGUUGAAUUAUAAUUUGAUCAGUGUCUUUUUUUAAUGUAACAUGAUCACUGUUAGUUUAUAAAAAAAAUAUAUGUAUACACAUAUAGGCACAAAAGGAGUCCAAUCGUUACUCAAUAGUUAUGUACCAAUUUGUAAAAAAACUGUAACAUACAUUGUUGCUGCUGUUGUCAUAAAUGAUGAGGGGAAAGUAUUAAUGAUGCAAGAAGCAAAGGCUUCUUGUAAUGGAGAAUGGUAUUUACCAGCUGGUAGAGUUGAACCUAAUGAAAGUUUAUUGGAUGCUGUUAAGCGUGAAGUUUUGGAGGAAACAGGUCUUGUAUUGACACCAGAGACAUUGUUAGUAGUUGAAUGCGCGAGUGGUUCAUGGUUUCGAUUUGUUUUCACUGGCAAAAUAACUGGUGGUAAAUUAAAAACAUUAGAAGAGGCAAAUGAAGAAUCACUGCAAGCAUGCUGGGUGCAUAAUGUGAAUGAUCUUACGCUUAGAUCAAAUGAUAUUAUUUCCUUGAUAGAAAGAGGUAAAUCUUAUGUUAUGAGCAAGGAUGUUUUGCGUCAUCCAUAUUUAAUUCCUGUUAAUAAAUCAUUGAGCAAAUUAUUGUUGCGGCUUACAAUUACUUCAAAGAAAAGAGCAACGAAUCAAUUACACGUUGUGAUAUCAGAUACAACACCAUCUCAUUUACCAAUUUGUGAAAUUAAUCCAAAUCGCAGUAUUCUCUCUACUCUACAUAAUUUUAUGGAGGAAUUAUUUGGUAGUGGAGUUCCACAACAUAGACCACAUGGCAUACUUUCUAUAGAAUUUAGCGGUGGUGAUGGAGGAGAUGGACUUUGUUUAACAUUACUAAUAUCAUUCAAACUGCCUGUAGAAGAUGUACCUACAAUUGGAAAAUAUGUUUGGCAUGAAUUACCUGAAAAUAUAGCUGAAAGUAUAACUUAUCGUUUACCGCGAAACAUGACUGUGCCUUUAAAUGUUAUACGGUAAUUUGACAUUUAUAUUAAUUGCGCAUUACAUACAUUUCAAAUCUUACAAAGAAAGUACUCUAUUUGCACAAUUGAAAAUUUAUUAAAAAUUGAUUGCUAAAUUCAGCUAUAUAUAAGAGAGAUUUUUCUUUUGUAAUGAUUGCAUCAUAUUAAAGUUUAGGUAUGGCAAUGAUUUAAAAUAGAAUAAUUAUUAUACAUAAAUAUAUAUAAUAAUUUAUAUAAAUCUGUAACGAAUGUGUUUAUAAAUUAUUAUAUAUAUUACUAUAAAUCCAUACUCAAGUUGAUUUCCAUAAAUCAGAUUAUAUUUAACUAAUUUUAAUACUUAACAAUCACUAAUUAAACUAAACAAAUAUUUAUGAUCAUGAAUUUACAUUUAUCCUAGUCUAAACCAAUGAUUUUUUAACAAAUGUUAUUAUACAUUAUACAUCUUUUAUAAAGUAUAUAAUAUAAAGGAAUUAAUAUUAGAUUUAUUUAAACAACGUACAUUCCCAUAUUGUUAAAGGUGAAGCUUACAAGUAUUUCGAAUUGUUACCAAAAAUUUGUAAAAGUUUAAAAAAUAUAAUGAAACAAUUUUGUACACUGUUUCUAGAAAAAUUUGAAUAAUAAUAUGACAUGUUGAAUAGAAAUUUAUUUUUAUCUAGUAUAAUGCAUUAUAAGCAUUGUAAUUAUUUACAUUCGAAAUAUAUAAUAUAUAUGUAAUAUAAAAUCUAUAAGUUUUAAAAUUAUUAAAAUUUUUUGGAAGUAUUCAAAUACUUACAUCAAGCAAUUUUAUUGUAGUAAAUAGAAUAUUUAUUAAAUAGAUGUAAAGAGAAGGCAAAGAAUAUUAAUUGUAACUUAAUAUAUACAAUGUAAUUGUUACAUGUUUUAUGAUGAAUAAAUAUUUUACUAAAUCA